AUGAUGAAAACUGUCAUCUAUUUCUUCAUUUCCAGUUUGAAAAUCAUGAAAAAUGGGAACACCACCUCUGAUUUCAUUCUCCUAGGACUCUUUAACCACACAGAAGCCCAUCUAUUUCUCUUUGCAAUGGUUCUCACAAUUGCCUUCGCCUCCCUAGUGGGAAAUGCCCUCAUGAUUCUCCUGAUUCACCAAGAUGCCCGGCUCCACACACCCAUGUACUUCCUACUGAGCCAACUCUCCCUCAUGGACAUGAUGCUGGUCUCUACCAUUGUGCCCAAAAUGGCUACUAACUACUUGACUGGAAAGAUGUCCAUCUCCCCUGCUGAAUGCGGGUUGCAGAUAUUCUUCCUUCUAACUUUAGGAGGGGGUGAGUGUUUCCUCUUAGCAGCCAUGUCCUAUGACCGGUAUGUGGCUGUUUGUCACCCACUGCGAUACCCAGCCCUCAUGAGCUGGCAAUUAUGCCUGAAAAUGACUGUGGGGUCUUGGGUCCUGGGGGCAGCUGAUGGGCUCAUGCAGGCUGCUGCUACCCUGAGUUUUCCAUUUUGCGAUGCACAUGAGAUCAAUCAUUUCUUUUGUGAGGCCCCUACUCUGGUGGGUUUAGCUUGUGCCGACACGUUUGUCUUUGAGUAUGUGAUGUACGUAUGUUGUGUGUUAAUGCUCCUGGUCCCAUUUUCUCUCAUUCUGAUUUCCUAUAGUCUCAUCCUUGCUGCAGUUCUCCAGAUGCAUUCUAGAGAAGCCCGCAAAAAGCCUUUUGCCACCUGCUCCUCACAUCUUUCUGUGGUGGGACUCUUUUAUGGAGCUGCAAUUUUUACCUAUAUGCAACCCAAAUCCUACAGGUCAGCUCACCAUGAUAAAGUAGUGUCAGUGUUCUAUACUAUCUUCACCCCUGUACUCAAUCCCCUCAUCUAUAGUCUGAGAAACAGUGAAGUCAAGGGUGCCUUGAGAAAGUGUAUGGGUCAGUGUUCUGCCUUAAGUCAGGGUUAA